GCCCCAUGUUUUGCUCGUUCAUGUGAUUCUGGUGUGAUCAGGUUGGUGUAUGUGGAGACUCGUUUAAUUCCAGAGCUCAUGGAUUGUACAAUCACUCCGUAGCAUCUGAAUUGCAUUGUGUCAUUAGAUGGCAUGCACUCAAACAGUCAAACUAGCAAUAUGUGCAACAGUAAGGUCAAAGAUGUGUGUGUGCCAAGUUUGAGAUUAAAGGGCACUUUAUUACCUCAAUUCCAUGGAAUACAAGAAGUCGUUAAGAAUUAGUGAUAGUAAAUAACGUCAUUAACUAGCAAUAAGUAAUAAAACAUUAAGCUUCAUUAAGUUGUUGUGUUGAAGGAAACACGACUCUAUAGUAUAUAAUACUAGUGCGGCAUCCUGUACUAUUCUCCUUUUUAGAAAGAUGCAGACACAUAACAAACUUGCUACUCAAUCUCUCUCCCUCCAUCUUACAUAGCUUCUGAGAUCGUCAUGGAUUUCAGUUGUUUUCAGCCCCACACGGGGAUUUCUAGUUACCUGCCAUUUGAUUCGUACAUGCAGCAAAAUGGACGCUAUGAGCUCCAUCCUGUUGAUCAUCAUCCAUUUGAGGUUAUUGGGGACUGUACUUCUGCAACCUUCAACGACCUUGGACACCGGUUCUUUGUAGAAAGAGAAAUCAAGAAGCCUACGUUUGACCAUGCUUCAUCGGUCGGUCAAAGAGUUGGAUCUCAACUGCCUCUACUGACUCCCAAAACUGAGGUUUCUCAUCUCAUGGACGGUGGACUUGGAUCAUAUAAAGCAUAUGGGAUGAAUGGCAGGUUUCUGCCAAGAAAGAAGACCUCUUUGAAGAAAGCCAAUGUUGUGGUUGUGAAAGGGCAGUGGACUCCAGCGGAAGAUAGGAAGCUGGUAAAAUUAGUGGAACAAUUUGGACUGAGGAAAUGGUCUUACAUAGCACAACUGCUACCAGGAAGAGUGGGAAAGCAAUGCAGAGAAAGAUGGCACAACCAUUUGAGGCCGAACAUCAAGAAAGACAUUUGGAGUGACGAGGAAGACAUGGUUCUGAUACAAGCACACAAGGAAGUGGGCAACAAAUGGGCAGAGAUAGCUAAGCGACUACCCGGCAGGACAGAGAACUCCAUAAAAAACCACUGGAACGCAACAAAGCGAAGGCAGUUUGCACGGAGGCGGAGCCGUAGCUCCAAGGGGCCCAAAUCAGGCACUCUUCUGCAGAACUACAUCAAAGGCCUGGGUAUUGCUGGCCCAAGCAACAAGACCGCUGCUGCACCUCUUCCUGAACCUACACUGUCACCGUCCUCACUUGAAGCUCCCGGAGCAAAGUCAGCAAAGACUGAUGAAAUAACGCUGGAAGUGGAACACAUCAGCAUGUCGUCCAACAUACCGGAUUCCCAAGGCAUUCUUCUUCUUCCCAGUAUCCAUGAGUACAACAACUGCAGCGAGUCUCAGUCCUGCGAAGAUCUUCUUGCCCCUAUCUGUGACGAGUUUUCAGUUGAAAUGUGUGACGGCCUGUUCGACACGAACGAGGACGCAGAUGCCUUCCAAGUGUACGCCAUGGACGACGACAUCGACAUGAACUACAUCUUCAACUAUAUUGAGCAUGCUGCGAUCAAGGUGGAUCCUGAGAUAGACAUGGAGAUGAUGAUGAUGAUGAUGUGGGAUGGCGACGACGGCGGCCUCCUCGGGUGUGAUGCUGAUCCUGCUGGACCAGCUCAUGUCGAAACUGUGCAUGUGAAGGAGGAGAUGGACCUGAUCGAGAUGGUGGCAGCCACACAGAACUGUGGCGAGGCAGAAAACCACUAGCUAGAUAAUAACUCAAGUAGUCAUAUAUAUAGAUAAUCGCACGACCUAAAGAUGUAAGCAUAUACAGUAUAAGGUAUCCAUAUAGAACUGAUGCACGGCCUUUUGGAUUUGUACGUCCUUCCUGGUGGGGAUCUCGACAUUCAGUAAAUAAAUAAAGCUUCAAGUGAAGCAUAUAUACUUGGCUCGCAUGUGUGUGUGU